CUUCUAACUUGGAGAUGAUAUCGCAUGCAGCGGGGUUACCAUUGACGUUGACCCAGAACCUCCCUUCGUUGACACGCUCGACUUGUUUCAGGAAUGAUUGUCUGGCCAGUCUCUUCCGACGACCACUGGAUCGAGUAAACGUACUUGGUGAGGAGGAGGCUGAGGGCCACACCGGAUGUGUCAAUGCUCUUAGUUGGGCGCAUGACGGCGAGCUUCUCCUCAGCGGCGGGGACGAUACAACAGUUAGAAUAUGGAGGAUGGAUUCCACCGUCAGUGACGCUGAGUAUCCUUUUGUGUGUUGCGCCGUGAUACACACUGGUCAUCGAGCCAAUAUCUUCAAUGCGCGUAUGCUUCCUCAUUCUUCCCGAAUAGCUACGGUCGCAGGUGAUAAGCAAAUUCUCGUGUUUGAUAUCGGGGAAGUGCACGGACCAUCUGCGCGAGGUUGUGAAGGUAGGUAUUCGGAAACCCCGACGCAUACACUGCGUUGUCAUGAGGAUCGUGUCAAGAGGAUUGUCACAGAGGAUAGUCCUGAUGUUUUCCUGACGGUGUCCGAAGAUGGAACUGUUCGUCAGCACGACCUUCGAACUUCUCAUGCAUGCCGUACCGGAUGCCCAGCUCCCCUGGUCCAAGUCGACUUUGAAUUGACCUCCUUAGCCAUGUCUCCCCUCACGCCGUAUCAAUUUGUUGUUGCUGGAGACUCAGCCUAUGGAUACCUGUUUGAUCGGCGUCAUCUUCAGACAACUUCAAGUCAGCCAUCGAGCGUCUUCUCCACGGAUCUGACGACCUGUGUCCGACGAUUUGGACGUCCUGAACCUGCUGAUGACGCAGAUAGUCGUCCUCGACGACAGCAUAUUACUGGAGCGCGCAUGUCCUCGCAUGCUGGUGACGAAGUACACGUAUUACCUUUUCAUGCUUAUAGCGGGGACGUCGUGUAUCGCUACUCUGCUUUGGGAGAGUCCGAGGAGGAAAAAGGCACCCCGACCAUCAUGCCAAUACAGAAAUAUGCUGGCGCUCGGAAUGUCGAUACGGUCAAGGAUGUCAACUUUCUUGGACCGAGUGAUGAAUAUGUUACUGUUGGAUCCGAUGAUGGAAACUUCUUUGUGUGGAACAAGGAAAAUGGGAAUCUUCACGGUAUUUACGAAGGCGACGGUAGCGUGGUCAACGUUAUCGAGGGUCAUCCACAUCUCCCUCUUCUCGCCGUGAGUGGAAUUGAUACUACGGUGAAGUUGUUUGCGCCCACCGACGAGGAAAGCGAAUUCUCCCGAAUGGAUAAUGCUGAAGCCAUCAUUGAAAGAAACCAGCGAAGCAGGUCUAUUCGAAGUAUUCGUAGUGUUGAUAUGGCGGCGUUGAUGCAGCUAUAUGAAGCUGGCCAGGUCCGCGUUUCUGUUGACGGGGAUUCGGAUGUAAUUCCCUGUCGUAACCAAUAGACUCGGAAGCGUCUGGGAGGAGGAAGUUAUGUUGUGUACGAUAAUGUAACAUACAAAUAUAAUAUUUCAGCUUGAAUUUUACGUCGUC